CCUUAAAACAAUUCGGACAUAUCGGUGUUUCUGAAAAGUCAAUUCAAUCGGCUAUAGCGACAAACAACAAUUUCAGAAAAUUAAAUCACUUAGCAUACUUGAUGUAUUUAGUUUUCAAUCAGUGUAAUCAAUCGAAAUAAAACGACAAAUAAAAUGUCAAAGUUUGAUUCAGUGGUUGUGGAACGCCGGUUGCGACCAAUUUACGAUUCGUUUGAGGUGGGCAAUAACAAGAAGGCAUUACACGAAACGGAAAAAGUGUUGAAGAAAACACCAAAUUUACGGUGUGCCCGAGCACUGAAAGGUCUGGCAUUGAUGCGAUUGGGAAAAACUGAAGAGAGCAAUGCAAUUAUCAAUCAAAUUGUUGCCGAAAAACCCAGCGACGAAGCAACCAUGCAAGUUCUUUCCUACAUCUACAAGGAAAUGGAAGAAUUCGCAAAGAUUUGCGUGAUCUACCAGAAUGCAGUGGAGAAGGAUGGCACCAACGAAGAGUUAUUAACACAAUUAUUCAUGUCAUAUGCUCGAAUUGAUGAAUUUGCGAUGCAACAACGUGUCGCUAUGGAACUGUACAAAUUUACACAAAAAAAACCAUACUUCUGCUGGAUUGUGAUGAGUUGCUUACUCAAAGCAUUUCGUGGCACCGAUAAAGAUGAUCCGACCAAACGAAAAGUGUCACUGGAAUUGGCACAACGUAUGAUGGAAAAAAUGAUUAAUGAAUCGAAAUUGAAUGCCGAACAAGAUGCUCAAUUGUAUCUCAUCAUUUUGAAUGAACAAAAAAAGUACGCCGAACAAUUGACAUUUUUGGAUAGCACCACAUGCAAGAGUAUCUAUGCCGGCGCACCUAUCGAAAUGCGCAUCAAACUCAUGAAAAAUCUUAAACAAUGGCCAGAACUGAACGUACUGUUGAAGGGACUUUUGAAGGAACAUAUCGACCGAUGGGACUUAUACCAAGAUUACAUACAAACCGUUGUUGAGCUGGUGAAAAAUAAAACCGCACCAGAGACUGAUGAUAAAACAUCGUACGACACAUCGUUCGAGUCGUGCCAUGAAUUUUUGUGCGAAUUAAUCGAGUCGAGCAAUAAAAAAUUCCGUGGACCAUAUUUGGCCCGUUUGGAAUUAUAUCGUGUGAUGGACAGAAAUCAAUUUGAUGCUCACAAAUUGCUUGGAGAAUUCAUCGAACUGCUCAUCGAUUAUUUUCGAAUUUUCGGCGAAAAACCGUGCUGUGCCAAAGACAUCGUUCUAUUCUUGGAUGAUUUGAAAGAGCAACAAAAACCGGAAUUGGCAUCGAAAUUGAUUCAGUUGUGCAACAUUAGUGCAACGACAUUGCCGCAAACGAAAGAGCAAAUGCAACGUCACAUUUGUUCGUUGCAGGUGUCUCGUCAGUGCGGUGCUCAUGCAUUGAGUGCUGAUCAUUUGACGGCCCUGUACACUGCAUUCACUCUCCAUUAUGAGCAUGGUUUGAAUGCUUUUGGCAUUGAUAUGUUGCCAACUGACAUGGGUCUCUCGGAUGCAUAUGCAUUGUUAGCCGUGCACGUGAUGUACGAUUUGGCGUUGCAAUUGAAGACAUCCGAUCACUUGGUGGAAGCAUUAUGUUUAUUAAACUAUUUGUUAAGCAAUAGUCCAAGUAAUUUUCAUGCAAAAUUAUUGUGUCUACAAUUGUAUCAUCGCAUCGGUUGUUAUUGGGGCGCGCAAAAAAUGUACGAAAGUUUAAAUUUGAAAUUCAUUCAAUUGGAUUCGAUGGGCUAUUUGCAUUGUUCACGAUUGGCAACGUCUGGCAUGCACGUCAUGUCACGUUCUGUCUACGAACCAACAUUGAAAUUCUUCACCAAUAGCUACAAAGAAGGUCAUGAAUACGUAUCGAUGUGCUACAAAUACGGCUCAUUUUCGAAAUUGCAAGAAUUCAUGGAUUUCCACGAGAGUCUGGCGUUCAGUUAUCAUUAUUCGUUGACAUCGAGCGAUGCAAUUAUUUCGGAGAUCGUUUGUUUGGGCGGUGCAAAUUCGACGCCCGAACAAAAUAUGAAUGCAUUCAAGUACAUGCAAAUCGAUUCGGAUCGUGAUAAUAUUCAAUAUACAAAAUUACGUGAUAAUCGAGAUUUAUCGGUUAUCGUUCGAUGGGAUCCAAAUCAAGAGGAAACACAAAAACGAAUCAAUGCACAAAGUUUCCAACAGGAUUUGGAUUUGUUACGAAUUCGCGGCAAUAUGAUUCGUUUGAUUGCAAUUUGCAUUGAAACAGCCACGAAAGAAACGUAUGGCAAACACUCGAAAAACGAUGAAAAUUCAGUUGCCAAAAAUAAAUGUGAUCUAUUGGAAAUUCAAUUGAACAAUUGGACUGAAUUGUUUAAAGAGAUUCGCAGUGCAAACCAUUCAGUUACAUCGAAUGAAUAUCUAGUCAAUUUAUUGCCGUCAAGAUUGCACGGUCAACUUGAUAUGCCUUAUGAAAGCAUCUUCCACAGUUUAGCCAAAUUGAUUUUGUCGCUGGAACUGCGUUGCGUUGAACCGAUUGAAGACAUUUUUAACGCAUUUGAUCGACAACUUAUUGACGCAUGCAAAACCAUUUGCAGCACCAUUGAAGCGUACAAUGCCGACGAUGAUCGGCUAUGGAAUCGACGCAAUGUUCAAGAAACCAUUGCUCAUGGUAUUGAGAUUUUUGCUUUGGCCACCUUCGUGAUGUCGGUCGUACAUGAAAAAUACCUGGCCAAUACAAAUCGUCAAGCAAAACGUAGCAAAAAGAAGUCUACAACGGAUGAAACAGCUGGAAAAAACAUUUAUACACCAAACGAUAAGGAACGAGUUAAUAUCAUUACUUCGUUGAUAAAUCGACUCAAAACCGAAUUAAACACCAUCGAUGCAGCUAUGGAAUCAUGGAAAGCACCUCGGCUUCCCAAAACCUUGACCGAAACCUUGGCAUCACUCUCGCUAAAUCCAAAAGUCGAAACUUUGGUCGAUAGCACAAUAACGAAAAAUCAUGAAAUCACUAUCGACGAAAUUCGAACCAUCCUAAAAGACAAAUUACGCUGCCUGAACUCUCUGAGCAAAGUGAAUGUAUGAAAUUGGUUACAUCACACAAAAUUGUACAUAAAAAACACAUUCGUCUUCUCUUUUUUCCUUUGUUCUUUACCUAUUUUAUUCUAUAUAUAAAAAUAGAAUUUGUAACCCGGUCAAUUGUUAGACUGUAAAAGAUAACAAAACAAAAACACCAAAACACCAUCCCAUAUUUCAAUUUGUUCCCAAAAAACAUUUACAAAAUUUAUUAUUAUUAUUUUUGAAAAAUCAUUUAUUAGCCACAUAAGUUGGCCGAACAAUUUUCCCAUGGAUUAGAAAAAUAAAAACAAAAUUGAAUAUUUUUUAAGCCAAAA